AUGAUCGGAUUGAGGACGGCAAUUGUUCCCCUCGCCCUUUCUUUGGGCACCGCCGAGGCCUUCCAGCCUGGGUUUGCUUGGCACCCAGCUCGAGAGACCGAUGGCAAUCUGGCGAAGAUAGACGCGGUCGUGCCGCUCGCGACGGCGGCUCCCGAGCCGAAACAUCUCUUCAAGAGAGGAACGGCGACUUGCGGCUACAUUGAAGGAGAUCCGCUCCAAGCUGUUACUUGUCGAGCUGAUCUCGGCGCCGAAUGUCUCUAUGACUCGACGGCAUCCGCCAUUGGAUGCUGCGCGACGACGAAUUGCGACAUCUGGACUGCCUGUAUCCCAAGGACUGAUUCCUCUCGAACUUCGACCGCGGAUAUGGAUAGGACGCGAUACUGCUCCAAUGCCGCGUCGCCGCACUGCGCCGUUUAUCUCUGGAAGGAUCCCAGGUGGACUGGCUACACCAUGGCCAUCUGUGACUCCGUCUCGACGACUUACUCGUUCUAUCCCUCGCCGCUUGCUGCAGUCGACGAUACAACGACGACACCUCCCCGAAGGAGCAGUAGCUCAACAACCAGUUCUUCGUCAACGUCCACCAGUCCAUUCAGAACGACCUCGACGACUCCUUCCGACAACGGUGGUGGUACGCCCGUUGGUGCCAUUGUCGGCGGUGUAAUUGGUGGUAUUGCCGUGCUGGUCCUUCUUGGUGUCGGUCUCUUCUUCAUCUUGCGAAGACUGAGGCAGAACAACAAUGUCCCGCCUGCAGCCCCCCAACCAAUGGUCGCCGCUCCUCCCGGCCCGGGACAAGCCCCGCCAUACUACUCGCCGGAUCCCAACAUGAACAACCAAAUGUACGCCGGUGCCCCAUCGAAUGUUCCCUCGAUGUACGGUCCUCCCCCAGGCCAGAUGCAGCCCAUGGGCCCCGACGGCACGACCCCUCCCGGAGGCUUCUACUACGCACCGCCUCCCCAGGACAACCGCGUCAGCAUGGCGACCACGACCCCCAUCUCUCCCACCUCCUACAGCCCCUCUAUUGCCGUCACUUCCCUCGCCAAUCAACCCGGCGGCCAUCCGGGACAAAGCCCCAUCCCCGCCGCCCGCGAGUUCAACAGCCCCGACCAAGCGCUGGCUGCGCAGAACGCGCAGUUCCAACCGCCCCAGCAACAACCCUCUCCCGUCCCUUACAACCCGCAGACGCCGCCCGUUGUGCAGGCGUAUGUUCCCCCUACGGCCCAGGGCGGAUAUCCUAAGCAGGGUGGGAUGGCGCCUGUCGAAUUGCCUACGACGAGGCCUGACGGUGAGCUCCGCGAGCUUCCUUGA